CAGAAUUAAGGACGGGCUGCAGAAUCAUGUCCCCUUCUCUGUCUGCCUGCUUCUGUCUUGGGCUGUGUCUGGGGCAAGUGAUACGAGCUCAGCUGGGCCCGCUCCCCAAGCCCACCCUCCAGGCGGAGCCCAGCCCUCUCGUGCCCCAGAACACCAUGGUGACCCUGCGUUGCCAGGGGCCCCCAGGGGUGGACCUGUACCGCCUGGAGAAUCUGAAAUCCGGGAAGUAUUACGAGAAGGGGGCGGUCCUUGUCAUCAAAGCCAUGACGCCGGAUCAUGCGGGAUCCUACCGAUGCUCCUACCAGAACAGGAGCCGCUGGUCUCCCGCCAGCGAGCUGCUGCAGCUGGUUAUUACGGGAGUCUAUGAGAAGCCCACGCUCUCAGCCCAGCCCAGCCCGGCCGUAUCCUCGGGAGGUGAUGUGACUCUGCAGUGCAAGAGCAAAUAUGGUUUCGACCAAUAUGCUCUGUACAAGAAGGGGGACGAGGGACAGAACAAGGAAACGGAGAUGUGGUACCAGGCCGAUUUCCCCAUCAUCACCGUGACAGCGGCUCACAGCGGGACCUACCAGUGCUACAGCUUUGCCAGUAGUGCCCCCUACCUGUGGUCGGCCCCCAGUGACCCGCUGGAGCUCGUGGUCAGAGGGACCACUGUGACAACCCACCAGGUACCUACAGCAGCACCUUCUGCUGUAACAGAGCCUUCUAGGAAUAAUAUCAUCAUCUCUACACAGGGGCCAAGCUCUCCAACUGGUAUUUCCUACCAGUACUACACAAAGGGUAACCUGGUCCGGAUAUGCCUUGGGGCUGUGAUUCUCAUUAUCCUGGCAGGGAUCCUGGCAGAAGACUGGUACAGCCAAAAGAAAUCCCUGAAGCACCAGGUCCGAGCUACCCACAGGCCACUGCCACCCCUCCCGCAGACUCAGAAAUGACACAGUCAUCAGCAUGGGGGUCUACCAGAUGGCUGUAAUGAUGGUUGCCACCAUUAGAAUCCCAAGACUUUGUUGUAUCUAAGAGAUAGGUCAUGAGAGCUGGGAGGGGCCCUCGAGUGCAUGUGGAGUGUGUAGGGUGUGAGAGGAAGAUGAUAGAAGCUACUGCUGUGGAACAGGAAGGUGGGGAGUGCUUCUUGAUGGUGAUCCAUCAAGAAGCUAUUGAGUCAGUGUCUAUUUAUUUGGCUUUCUGUUUGAGGACUCCCUCUGAGAUGAGAGGGGCCUAGUGGAUGCCGAAGUCUCCUCACUGCUGUCUUGCACAGUGCAGAUCUUAUGGCUCCUUCACUGGACAUCAUACUUACCUAUUUCUUCAAUCUUCCCUCAGACGGGUUCAGGAUUGACCUCUGUAUUUGGUUAGAAUCCUUGAAUAACAACCCUCUUGGCCCCAGCUGGAUAGUUCAGUGGCUA